AUGGGAGUACCACGUGUAAUACCACGUAGACUUCACCUGCCAUUCUUUAUCCUCCGAGGUUCUAGCUUAGUACCCGCCAGCUAUGGCGUUUUUUCAUGUAUCUUAUCUGCGAGUUAUGUUAACAAACGUGAUGCAAGCAACAUUUUAGAGUUGAGAAGCACCGAGUUGGACUAUUGGUUAGGUGCCAUGUGGUGCCUUUUAGCCGGUCUUUGGAGUUAUUGGCUCGCAGAUGGUCUCAUGAAUCGAUGGCUCUUUUAUUAUGAAGUCGGCAGCACAAUAUUCCGUUUAAUUUCUUUACAGGCUAUUAAUUGGGUUAUUACAGCCUUCGUGGUAACACAUUAUGGUCCAGAUGAGCCAAUUUGGUCAUGGAUGUUUUGUAGCGUUGUUUUAGCCAUAUGCGAUGUGAUUCAGUGGCUUUUUACCUCAACCACGAAAUUUCAGAAGGAUGAAGAUCCAGGAAAAAUAAGACAAUUAAUUUGGAAGGAAAUAUAUCGUUAUAUAUUCAUACCUCUUGCAAUAUUUACAUUUAUUACAAUGAUUUGUCUUCUUGAAGAACAAUCAAGAUUCCGUUAUAAUCCUAUCGAGCAUACAAAAUCCUACAAAUUAAAUACUAAUCUGUCCCUAAGUGAAAUACGUCCAGAUUCAAAUGUCAAAGUAAUAAUGAUCGUACUAUCAUCGUGGACUGAAAGUGGAUACAGGAAAAGACAAACCUUUCGUGAUACAAGUGUAAAAUUAAUUCCUCAAAGUUCAAAAAACAUUUCAAUAACCUAUCGCUUCGUUCUAGGUGAUGCCCCAUCAGCAAAAUUGCAAUUGAGCAUGGCUCAUAAGCUCCUUGAUGAAUCAAAAAGGCAUGGUGAUCUCGUCAUUGUACCCACAUCGGAUCAUGAUGAUGACCUAAGCCACAAGGUCUAUAAAGGAUUUGAGUGGUCCAAUCAAUAUUCCUUUGAUUACAUCGUGAAAACUGAUGAUGAUAUAUUUGUACGUAUGGAUAUCAUAGCUCGUGAAUUGGAAGAAUCAGGACCCGAUAAAAAAUAUUACUGGAGAGGCCUUGGAUAUUGGAAUAUUCCACCAAUUCGUAAUGCAGAAAAUAAAUACGCAGAUUUUGAUUAUAAACUUCCUAUAUUUCCACCAUUUACAGCUGGAGUACUUUAUAUCUUAUCACGUGAUAUAAUCUCCUUGAUUGUAAUUGAUGCACCUCGCUUUUUCACAAGGAACGAUGGUCAAAAUCUAGGUAUAUGGCUUUUUCCUUAUAAUAUUAGACCAAUUCAUGAUCGACGUAUUCAACAAGUUGAUGCUUGUGAGGAUGACUUGAUCGCUAAACAUUUUAGUGAUCAAUUUGAGGAAGAUCAAAGUAUGAAAGACAUGUAUGAGAACGUUAUCAAUCACAAAAGGAUGUGUGAAGGAUUUAGACAACGCUUUUGUGCGUCGUGCUAUCCCUGUUGGGGAAGAGAAGAUCAUUGGAAGGAUUCGAAUUUUGAUUGUGAUGAUACGAAAGGCAUCACUUUGCUUAAUCAAACACAUUUAAUCCUCGAUAAUUCGGUAGCCGUAUUUGAUGAUCCCAUCAAUGUUACAAUUGGAAGUAUGGAAGAUGAGUGGAUUAUUCCGAAUCUCCUCUCACAACAUUCUUCAGUUUAUUCUCAAACAAAUCUGUGGUAUUUAUUACAUUGGGUGUGUUGGACGACGGACCAAGCGACUUUCCUAGAACGUCAUUACAAGACCAUAGAGCUCAUUUGGAUUCAUACGCCUAAAGCUAUAAUUUUCGUCCUCACGACAACUUUACCACGAGAUUUUUUUUCUGAAUACCAAAAGCAAGGUUAUCAAAUCCACGUGAUCAACUUCGACAAGGAAUCGUUAUUGGAACGACAAUGGUUCCUUGGUCAGAAUUCCAAAAACUGGCUACGUGAUUGGAGUAUGUGGGAAAAUAAUAAAUUCUUCACCGAUCAUCUUACUGAUUAUAUGCGAUAUUUGUUGUUGUAUAAAUAUGGAGGCAUGUUUAUGGAUAUGGACGUUCUUUGGAUACGUGCCCCUUCCGACACAAACAUUGAAUUCGUUGGAUCGGAUGUUUCAAAUGUUCCUUCAGACAUUGAAUGGACGUUGGACGCGGACGGCACAUACGUUGCACCUGGAGUUAUGCGAUUCCGAAAAGGCAGGUCCAUGUUUAGAGAGAUAAUGGAACGAUCUUUUUCUCCAACUUAUUCACCGUCAUGUUUUAAUUGUGUUGGACAUCGAGCAAUAACAAUGUACGUUAAAGAACAUCGUAAAAUUCUUGAGAGACAUGGAUUCACCAUAUUGCCUAGUCGGAUCCUUUAUCCAAGAAAUGAUGAUCACGUUGACGAACUUUUCAGAUCGGAUCAUACUGCUCAAGAAGGGCUUUUGAGAAUCGAAAAUUUUUCAUGGAGCAUAAAAUUAUUUGACAAAAUGACGAAUAAUCAAUUGAUCGAAAAUGAUAGUUUAAUUAGCUUAGUAAUGAAUAAAUUUUCUUUAGACAUUCCCCAUUCAUCAGCUCCAUUAAAAUCGGGUGGAGAACCGGAUUUAAAGAAUCGGGUAUCAUCAUAUCCAUUUCUCUUGGAAGGACCAAAGAAAUACCGGUUCGUAUCUCCAACUAUAUCGCAAGGAGUGGAUCAAUAUGCGGGAUCUAUAAAUGGACAAUUUCAAGGGCUAAAUAUUAUUUUCAUACGCGGUGGACCUGGUACAGUAGAUCAGGCAACGAUAAGAGUAAAGAGUUUGAAUGGAAAGUGCUCUUUUAAUUUACUAGGUGGGGAAUGGAGCGAAACAUCUGUGACAAUUCAUAAUACAACAAAAAAAGACGUUAACGAUAUACUGAAUGCUUUAGUAUAUCGUCCAAACGAAGUAGGUGGAAAGGAUAACAUUAGUUUAGAAAUUGUAUAUGGAGAAGAUAAAGCUGAAUUAACGAUUGAUAUUGAAAUUCUCGUUUCGCAAGAAUAUAGAUAG